CAGCAACAGGAUGCGUGCCGCGCAGCACCCCCGUGGGACGCCAACGUUUCGGAGAUGCGGGGUGCGGUUGAUUAGUUCGUCGCAAGGGACUACGUUCCCCCUGUAUGGGCGCGUAACGCCCACCUCCACACCAUCGUCGCCUCCGGAGACAUGGAAAAGAAACUCCUCGGCGACAGAACGCCGCUAGGGUACUGGAGAGAGCGCUGGCCCACAUCCGACGGGGAUUUCGUGGACAUAGACUGGCUGCCCGCCGAGGAACCCGUCUAGGACGACCCCAGGGAGAAGACCUCGGGGCGUUUCGACACCGACACCAGCCAGGUUGCUGCUGCUGCUGCUGCUGCUGCUGCUGCUGGAGCUGCUGCUGAUGCGCUAUUCAAUGGAGAACUCGAAGGCACCAUCAAUGAAGGGCUCGACUUGCAGAUGACGGACGACAUGGAGGAGCUCCGAGAAAUGGCCGAGUUGGCCGAGCGCGCUCACAGCAACGACCUUGGUCUUGGCCACCCGGCGGCGCCGGAGCCAGUCCACGAUAACGACCCG